CUCCACUAGCAGCACUACAGCACCUCCUCCUCACCCCCCCAUCCCUUUCCCUUUUGCGUGUACGAGAUCAGCCUCCCCGAAACCUGAGCGAGGCAGAGCCACCGAAACGAGAGGCGAUAUAACACCCUCAGCACAACAUGGCUACAAUCGUAACCUCGACCAGGUUCACAGACGAGUACCAGCUCUACGAAGAGCUCGGAAAGGGUGCCUUCUCUGUAGUCCGGCGAUGUGUAAAGAAAUCAACCGGCCAGGAAUAUGCUGCUAAAAUUAUCAACACAAAAAAGCUGUCAGCAAGAGAUCAUCAGAAACUGGAGCGAGAAGCACGGAUCUGUCGCCUGCUCAAACACCCCAACAUAGUGCGGCUGCAUGACAGUAUCUCAGAGGAAGGCUUCCAUUACCUUGUCUUUGACCUUGUCACUGGUGGAGAGCUGUUUGAAGACAUCGUUGCUAGAGAGUAUUAUAGUGAAGCUGAUGCCAGUCACUGCAUUAAUCAGAUCCUGGAGAGCAUCAGCCACAUCCACCAACAUGACAUUGUGCACAGGGACCUCAAGCCUGAGAACCUGCUGUUGGCCAGUAAGAUGAAGGGGGCAGCAGUGAAGCUGGCUGACUUUGGGCUGGCCAUUGAGGUGCAGGGUGACCAGCAGGCUUGGUUUGGUUUUGCAGGCACACCUGGAUAUCUCUCCCCUGAGGUUCUGAGGAAGGACCCCUAUGGCAAACCGGUGGAUAUUUGGGCCUGUGGGGUGAUUCUUUACAUCCUACUGGUGGGCUACCCCCCCUUCUGGGAUGAGGACCAACACAAACUGUAUCAGCAGAUCAAGGCUGGAGCAUAUGAUUUCCCUUCUCCAGAGUGGGAUACUGUUACCCCAGAGGCCAAGAACCUCAUCAACCAGAUGCUGACCAUCAAUCCAGCAAAGAGAAUCACUGCUGACCAGGCCCUCAAGCACCCAUGGGUCUGUCAACGCUCCACUGUGGCUUCCAUGAUGCAUCGUCAAGAAACUGUUGAGUGUCUGCGCAAGUUCAAUGCAAGGAGAAAACUGAAGGGGGCCAUUCUUACCACCAUGUUGGUGUCUAGGAACUUCUCAGUGGGCCGGCAGCACACCAGCCCCGCCGCCCCCACCACCAGCACGGCUGCGCUGGCCCAGGAAGCAUGCAAAAGCUUACUGAACAAAAAGUCUGACGGAGUGAAGCCACAGACAAACAACAAUAAAAACAGUGUAGUAAGCAGCAGCAGCACCAAAGACAGCAGCAUAUCAUCCACAGCACCAAUGGAACCACAGACCACUGUCGUGCACAAUCCAGCUGAUGGCAUCAAGGGUUCCACAGAGAGCUGUAACACUACAGAAGAGGAGGACAUGAAAGGUAGGAAAGUGUCAGUUGGCGGGGUUAGCAGUGACAGCGCAGUGGUCAGCCAGUGCAGUGCCUCUGAGGAGCCUACGCCUCAGACUGAGGCUCCUCCCCCCCUCCUACCUCCCACUGAAGCGCAGCAUGAUGUGAAGCGUGUUGCAUGGAGCAGUAGAAGGCAGAGCUCUUGCCCUGAGCUGGAGCCUGCUGUGCCUGCCCCAGUCUCCAGAGCAGCAGCAGGCAGCAGCUUGCUGCAGUGUAAGUCACGCAAGCAGGAGAUCAUCAAGAUCACUGAACAGCUUAUUGAGGCCAUCAACAACGGAGACUUCGAGGCCUACACGAGAAUUUGUGACCCUGGUCUGACCUCCUUUGAGCCUGAGGCACUGGGCAAUCUGGUGGAGGGCAUGGACUUCCACAGGUUCUACUUUGAGAAUCUCCUGAGUAAGAACAGCAAGCCGGUGCAUACCACCAUCUUAAACCCUCAUGUGCACCUGAUCGGAGAGGACGCAGCCUGCAUCGCUUACAUCCGGCUGACACAGUACAUCGACAGCCAGGGCCGUCCUCGUAGCUGCCAGUCAGAGGAGACGCGCGUGUGGCACCGCCGUGAUGCCAAGUGGCUCAACGUGCACUUCCACUGCUCAGGAGCACCUGCUGCACCUUUACAGUGAACCAAGACAGGCACAGCUUGCCUGGAUGAUUGGAGCAUUUCUUCUCAGUGGCCGGAUUGGCGCCAGGAGCCCGGCCGGAAGAGAAAAAUAUGAGGGGGAAAAAAUAAUGCAACAAAGUUUUAAAAAAUAUAUAAAUAUAUUUAAAGCCAACGGUGGCCACCACCAAUUCAGUCCAACCGUAGCUAGACGUGGGGGGCCAGCUGUGGCAGUGGCCCCGCCCUCCGGAUGCUGCAUGCUUCUGAUGCCCACAGGGGGCGCUGUCUUGUCCUUUGCCCAUGAAUCCCAUCUUUUCUGCCCGUCGUUCAGAGAGAGUGUUUAAAGUAUUAAUAUGUUGUACAAUAUUGAGAUCGUAAAUCCUCACACUAUUAACAGGGCUGAAAGUGAUGGCAGUUUCAAAUCAGAAAUAUGAAUUCAUAAAAGGGGGAACCCACUGUUUCAGUGGCUGGUGGUGUUUCUGUCUGUCUGUCUCUUUUUCUUUCUAUCUUUUUUUUUUUUUGAACAGGUGUAUGUCUGUUUUGGAUGCAGCGAUAAAUGAUCUGAAUGGGAUAUUUGAAGGGGCUAAACAAAAAUUUCUCUUAAUAUCAGAAGUAAAGCCACCAAAGUGUAGAAUUUAGAUGUUGACAUGAAGUUGUUUUAACAAUGUUUUAAUUUUGUUUGAUGGGGGAAAGAGUAUAGACUUUUUUUCUUUUUUUUUUAUUAGUAUUUUGUGUUAUUUUAUGAAACUCUCUGUUUUUAUCUGCUGAAUGAUGCUGUAUUUAAAAAGUAUUUUGUGUUUUCAAAACAAAAAAAAGAAAAGGGGAAAAAAAAGCUGAUUUUUAAAAGCGGGGCACGGUUUAAUAUAGUUCUGUAUACAUAGAUAUUUAUAAAGAGAAAGGUAAUAAUGAGUCUUUAGUGUGGAUGUAUAGAGAAAGGGAGAUCUUGAGAGCAACAGUGAGUGAUACUCACCCGCCUGAAGCCCAUACAUGAAGCUGGGUCAGUUUACCUGCUUUCUUGUCUGUUUAAAGCCGUGACAUCAGAAUCCUCAGAACCUGAAGUUGCAGAACGCGCUCACUUCACUUUAUCGGUAUGUUCUGAGCUCACAGUCUCCCUCUGGCCACUAGGGGGAGAUAAACACUACUCACAUAUAUAAACCUGGCUCUUGGCUCUCUCUCUUGUUCUCUCUCUCUCUGUCUCUCUCUCUGUCUUUCUCAGACAACUUCCCAGGGCUCCGCCCACUUGUGCAUAUCAUUUGUUUAGUUUUAUUUUUUCUAUACAGUUUUGAAGCAUGUUUAAAUUGAAUUGAAAUGGCCUGUACUGUUUUGCACAUAAGCCUGAGACGCUAUGCUGUUCCGUUCACUACGUGGACUUCUUCUGCAACUUCAGGUUAUGAACGCCCUCCUGACGGUCCAUUCUCCAGGUGGACCCUGACACCAGCCCAUAGCUGUCACACAAUCUCACUGCGCGCGCGCGCGUCCUGCACAUUUGCCUGUCCGCUGUCCGAGGUCUGGUCCCGUCCGUGUCGUUCUGUGUGUUCUCUCGCGUCCUGUGCUUUCUCCGGGGCUCACUGUGAGCGACGCCUGAGCAUGUUAGACCGGAGGAAAGGAAAGCUGACUUGGAGGAAGAGCAGCGAGUCCAGGUCAUGCUGAAGCCAGUUGGGCUUAUUGGUCCCUUUUGUGGCAGUUUGUGUUGUAAUGUUCUAAUGUUAGUGUUCUUGGUGUUGGUGUUGGUGUUUUUUCUGGAUCACGUUUUGUUUUUUCGUUAUUGUAAAUACUAAUGCAGUGCCCGUUUGUAGUUGUGGGUGGAGCCUAGGCUGUGCUGAUUCCGCAAGCCCUCUCUGUCCAUCUUCACCCUUAAACGCACACACUUAUGGACUUCCAGUACACGGGUGAAGUGAAACAUGUUGUAAGUUCACAUAGCAAACCAUCCCUGGCGUGGCUGUGUUAAACACUCGGACACAGUGUGCUCCCUUUAAGGCAUAUCCGUGUGUGUGUGUAUCUGUUCGAGAUCCGAAUACUGCUUUUUUUUUUUUUUUUUUCCACUGUGGUGAAGUGGAAACGCAUGAAUAUCAGUGACUCCGACUGCAGGAAAAGCUUUUCUCUUUGUUCUACGCCAUUGUGCUUCUUCCACUGUAAUUAGAAAGAAGCGAAAAGAUUAAUCGGAGGAAAAAGGACAUCAGAGUCCACUGCUCUCACUCGCACGUAUCAGACAUGAGCUGAACCCACCACAGAGCCCACAGCGAGGCACUGUGACUCCUCCUUCAUGCGCCCUGAUGCAGUGUAUGUACAGUUCCAGUGUGUCGUUUUGGGUCCGAGUAGCUUCUCUUAUGACUUUGUCGCUCUGUCCUACAGCCCGUCCUUCUUGCUCGUCCUAAUGUGUCCACACAGCCAUGAGGAAUGUUCACAUGAAACGAUACAGCUACUUCACGUUGACUAAGAAAAAGGAGCAAAUUUCUAGAAAAAACUAGUGUGCAGUUAGGUUAGUUAGCUUACGAGAGCUUUGAUAUGCUGACGGAAAUAUCUCCAAAAAAAAAAAAAAAAAGAAAAAGGCCACUCACUUUAACAACCAAAUCAUAUAUGCAGUUGGACAGAA